AUGGAAAAAAAUGACAUAAACAAAUCAACAAAAAUUUUGAUCAAUAACAAAGAAAUAGACAGUAUUCAAAGUUUAACCACAAUAAAAAAUUACAUAAAAAUUUUUUUUGAAAAAACGUUUAUACAAAACUCGACAAGUAGUGAAACAUUCCAGUACAAAAGCAAAGCCUUGGAAAACACAUUCUGGUGCGCACAAAUAAUUUACACGAGAAUAAUUCUGUUGUCUUGCUUCUUCUCUUUUGUUGUAUCUUGGAAUCAGAAUGUAGCACUUAUCGGCAAGGACGGACUCACACCAGCAAGGGAAUACGUCAACAGAGUAUUUGAAGAGUUAAGGGGGGAAAAUGUAUGGACAAAAUUUCAGAAUUUUCACUCCCUUUUUUGGCUCCUUCCAGUUACCGAUUUUGUUAUUAACCUCUUGCCGCUCGUAGGCAUAAUGUUAAGUGUGGUUAGCCUUCUCCUGAACCGCAUAAACUUAGUGACUGUGGUACCUAUAUAUAUCAUUCUUCAGUCGAUUUAUAGCAUAGGGAAUAUAUGGUUUAACUAUGUAUUUGAAAUAGAGUUACUGGAAUUAGUGUUCCUAUGUUUGUUUGUUAUACCAUUAUGGGAAAACCCCUUAAAGAGUAAAUACUCGACAACUUGUUUAAUGAAAUACAUAUGUAGGUUUUUUGUAUUUAAAGUAUUGUUAGGUACAAGUUUAAUUCGAUUCAAGAAUAGCGAAUUAUGGAGUCGUUUGGAAGGAAAAUAUUACUUAUAUGAAACUCAGCCACUACCUUCCACUAUAUCAUAUUUAUUUCAUUCGAGUGUUCUAGUUAGUAAAUUGGACAACUUGUUUUGUAUAAUAUGUGAAUGUGUUUUCUCUUUUUUUGUUUUAUUUCCUAUUAGAUCUUUUCGGCUAGUUGGAGGUAGUGUCCUUUUUUUCUACUGCGUUUUAAAUUUUAUCACUGGAAAUUUUUAUUUAUUCUACCUGUUACUCCUAGCACCAUUGAUGUAUUGUUUUGAUGAUAAAGUUUUACUUCCUUUUUUUUUCAAGUCGAAACGAAAUGAAGUCCUUAAAGUAGUUAAGGAAAAAUUAGCAGAAAAGAAUAAGAGUCAGCGUUACUUUAAAAGUUUCAAUAUAUUUUAUUGUACUGGGGUUGGUGAAGAGGAGAUUAAUAAAAUUUAUGACUCGUACUUCAACAUCGACAUUGAACAUGAAGGAGGUAGGGCAGUAACGGAAGAGGAGUGUCUAAUAUCAGGAAAAUGCUCAAGUAGAGAAAUCAAUUUUUACAAUAAUAGUCAUAAUAAUAAUAAUGAAAACGAAAAUGGAAAUGCCAUCAUCAAUGUAAGUUAUAUCAUAAAUGUAAAAAACGACAUAUGUACUAUAUUUAAGUGGUUAAUUUUGCAAAAUGGGUUACAAUAUAUAAGAAGAAAUUACAACGUAUCAUUAGAAAUAAUUGUUCAUAUAUUUUGUUCUACGUUAGUUGUAAUCCUUACCUUUUUAUCCAUUGCAUACUGUAAAAAUAGCGCUUUAUUUUUCUACUCCUAUGUACUCCUUUUGACAAUAUAUAUGUGUUACUUAUUUUUAUAUACAAACAAUGUGUUAUCAUAUUUAAUUAGCCAAAUGGGUUUACUCAGUGGUUUACUACUAAUAUACUCUAACAUAAUUUUCUUUCAUGGUUUUGUUAAUUUAUAUUGGAAUUUUUUAUUUUUUAUUCAUUUAAUUUGUCUGCUAGUUUUAUCUCUUUUCUUUUUAAAUAAUCAAAGAUUCAUAUUUAAAUAUACAUUUCAAUAUUGCUAUUUUAUCCUAUUUGUUUAUUUUGUCUUUUUUUUUGUUCAUAAUGUGUUAUCACCUAAUCAAGUUAUGAAUGCUCAGUAUGGUUCCUUUGAAUGUAUGAAUGUAUAUGGAUCCUUUGGUCAAAUCAAAAAAGACAGAAGAGAAAUCAUCAUAGAGGGAACUACGUCCACAAAACUGGAUGACAACAAUACUGUUUGGAGUACAUACGAAUUCUAUUGUAAACCUGAUAAUGUACAUAAAAGUAUGUGUAAUUCGUUUCGUCUUCUUUAUUAUUUCCUCCCUGUUGUAUAUCUUGAUAGACUUGAUUGGCAAUUUCAUGAUAUGAGUAACAAAGAAGAUGAGACUAUUUUAGAAUCAAAAUGGUUUAAAAAAUUAUUAACCAAGUUAUAUAACAAUGAUAAGAACACCCUUUCAUUGUUAUAUAAAACUCCCUUCCAAAGGGGUGCAGUCAAAACACCUACAUAUAUCAGAGUGUUAAAUGAUGAAUAUAAGUUCGCUUCAAAAGGGGAAAAGGCGUGGUGGCAUGUGGUAUCCUCCACAGUUGUAGUAGACCCUCAUCAUAUUACACCCGCUCAAAUAAGCGGUAACACUAUUGGACAAAUUGGAAGAAAUGGGCAAAAUGGGCAAAAUGGGCAAAAUGAGCAAAAUGGACAAAAUGGGCAAAAUGAGCAAAAUGGGCAAAAUGAGCAAAAUGGGCAAAAUGAGCAAAAUGGGAAAGAGUCAGUUUUUACUAGCCACAGCCUAAUGAGUAGUAGUACACCCCGUAAGUCCAUUUUUAGGAAAGGGCCAAAGGAACCUAAUGAGGCGGUGGAGAAGCUAGAUAUGUAUGAGGAAGAAGAGGCGAUGAAGCAGCAGCAGGUGUAUGAGGAGGAGGCAAUGAAUCAGCAAGAGACGUAUGAGAAGGAAGCGAUGAAGCAGCAAAACAUUUAUGAAGAGAAGGCGGAACGAAGAACAGAGUUGCUCGGGGAAGGGAAUAUACCACAUGAAAAGAGAAAACAACUGGAGGAGCAAAAAGAUCAAUUCGAAGCGCAGAAAAGGGUAGAAGAAGCAGAAAGGGUUGAGAAAGAAAGGCAGUUUAUUGAGCAAAAGAAAAUGCAGCAAAUAAACGUGGAGGAGGAGGAGAAGCAGCAGGCAAGUGAAGAGGCGAAGAAGCAACAGACAAAUGACGAGUUGAAGAAGCAGACGAGUGACGAAGCCGAAGCGCAAAGGAGGGAGCUGCGUAAGAAAGAAGAAAUGCUAUAUGAACGGAAAAAACAAUUAGAGGAACAAAGAAAUGAGCUAGAAGCUAAGAAAAGGGAGGAGGCAGAAAGGAUUAAGAAAGAAAGGGGUUUCAUUGAAGAAAAGAAAUUACAACAAAUGAAAGUAAUUGAAGACGAAAAGAAAAAGUUGGAAGAGGAGAAAAAAAAGAGAGGAGAAAUGCAAUUCGAAGAGCAUCGAAAAAUAAAGGAGGAACAGCAUGAAAUAGAAAAGAAAAGAGCAUUCUUAGAGCAAAGGAAAAUACAAGAACUAAAAUUACUGGAAGAGGAAAAAAAAAAGUUGGAGGAGGAUAAGAAAAAUAUGCACGAAAAGAACGUUAAGGCACAUAUGCAAAUUGAAAGGGAAAAAGAAGAGUUAUUAAGGCUGCAAAGAGAAAUUAACUUUGAGAAGGAAUUACUAAAACGACAGGAGAGUGAAGAAGACAAAGAACUGAAUGAAAGACUAAGGAGAGAACUGCGCUCGAAAGUUAAGGGGGAAAAACCUAACUUAUCGAAGGAUGAGCAGAAUAGUAUAGCGAACGAUGCGCGGAAUGGUAUAGAAGACGAUGCGCACAAUGGUAUAGAGGACGAUGCGCACAAUGGUAUAGAUAACGCCGCAAGAAAUGGCACAGUGAACGAUGCAACGAAUGAUAUAGAGGAUGAUGGAACGAACUACUCGGCUGAUAAUACAAAAAGACAUGAUAAAUCUCAAUCAGGAGAAGCUUCUCAAAACGUAGAGGAAACGGACGAAGCUAAGUUAUUAUAUGAAACGAAUGACAACCAAAUAGAUGAAGAGUUAGGAAUCCAAUCAGAAGAAAUGAAUGCCAUUGAUGAAAUGCUACCAGAGCAAAAGAACAUAUCAGAAAUGAUGGAAACUGAACAGAAAAGGAUAAAAAAAGAGAUAAGUAACAAAUUAGACAAAAAGGAACAUAAGUUUGGAAAUGUUAGGGUCGAGGAGAGUAAUGAAAAUAAUGUGCUUGAAGAAGAAUUACAUAAACAUUUAGAUGGUGGAGACGAGGAACACAAAAAGGGGAAGAUACUCGAUGAAGUUAGGAAUGAAAAUGGUAUAAAUAAUGAGGAAGAUGACAAUAUUGAAAAACAAAAUACUUAUAGAUCAUAUACGGAUAAUAUAGAAAGAAAAAAUACUACUAAUACAACCUCUACUAAAUUUAUAGAUAACGAAAUAAAUGAAAAAUUAAAAAAAAUAGAAAAACAUAUGGCAAUACCUUCUCAUAUGGGAAAGUUUACUGUAGAUGAAAAAACCAAAAACGAAUUAGAUGAAGCAAUUAAAGAUUCAUACAAAAAACAUAAUUUACUAAAUAAGUACUCGGAAAAAAUGAAUAAAUUAGGCUUCUUUAAUCUUGGAAACAACCCACAUGGAUUUUCUGAAACUGACAAACUGAUAAAUAUUUUUCACAACACAGGAAAAACUAGUAACGUUUACCUUAUGGACGCAAUACGUGAUAGUGACAAUGGAGCGACCAUCACUGCUUCCAUGGGUGGUACUACCUCUGGAAUUACUACUAAUGAAACGUCUACUAGUGAUAGUGCUACUAAUUCUGCUUCCAAUUCCCUGAAUAGUAGAAGCACCUUUACGAGGACGACUAAAUAA